CCCCGAAUUCCCUCCUCCUCGCGCCUGUCGCAGACCCCACACUCCAGCAAUCCACCAUGGCUGAAUUCGUGCGCGCCCAGAUAUUUGGCACGACGUUUGAGAUCACAAGCAGAUACACCGAUCUGCAGCCUGUAGGCAUGGGAGCCUUCGGCCUCGUCUGUUCGGCGAAGGACCAGCUCACCAGCCAGGCCGUGGCCAUCAAGAAGAUCAUGAAGCCCUUCAGCACCCCCGUCCUCUCGAAGCGCACCUACCGCGAGUUGAAGCUGCUCAAGCACCUGAGGCACGAGAACAUUAUCAGUUUGAGCGACAUCUUCAUCUCUCCGCUCGAGGACAUCUACUUCGUCACGGAAUUGCUCGGAACCGAUCUCCACCGUCUGCUCACCUCCAGGCCGCUGGAGAAGCAGUUCAUCCAAUACUUCCUCUACCAGAUUCUGCGUGGUCUGAAAUAUGUCCACUCCGCUGGAGUCGUUCACCGUGACUUGAAGCCCAGCAACAUCCUCGUCAACGAGAACUGCGAUUUGAAGAUCUGCGACUUUGGCCUGGCUCGUAUACAAGACCCCCAGAUGACUGGAUACGUUUCCACCCGCUACUACCGCGCACCGGAGAUCAUGCUCACAUGGCAAAAAUACGAUGUUGAGGUCGACAUCUGGAGUGCGGGUUGUAUUUUUGCGGAAAUGCUCGAGGGCAAGCCCUUGUUCCCUGGCAAGGAUCACGUCAACCAGUUCUCCAUUAUUACAGAGCUCUUGGGUACCCCUCCGGACGAUGUCAUCCAAACCAUCUGCAGCGAAAACACACUGCGAUUUGUCCAGUCGCUCCCCAAGCGCGAGCGUCAGCCUCUGGCCAAUAAGUUCAGGAAUGCUGAAGCGGAGGCCAUCGACCUUUUGGAAAGCAUGCUAGUCUUUGACCCAAGAAAACGUGUUAAGGCGACCGAGGCUCUUGCACAUCCAUACCUCGCACCUUACCACGACCCUACCGAUGAGCCGAGCGCGGAGGAGAAGUUCGAUUGGUCAUUCAACGAUGCCGACCUCCCGGUUGACACUUGGAAGAUCAUGAUGUACUCAGAGAUCCUUGAUUACCACAAUGUGGAUACCGCUGCACAGGACGAGCAGAAUGGUAGCUGAGAUACCCCGGGGGUUUAAGCGCUGAACCAACGCGGUGCUUGUGUAGCAUGAUCCAGUUCCUCGAAGAGAAGCUCGCUUCAUUCAAAUCUGGUGGUGCGACUGGCCUUGCCCAGGCUAGUCUAUAGUCUUUUCUCCUAAUAUUCUUCAUUCGGGGGUCAUUGCAAUCACAAGCGCGGUAGAAGGGGAGGCAGGUUGUUGUUUCUUGGAUUCCAGUUUGGUACAAAGGCGUGUUGAUAGGGAUGAGCGAUUGAUCAUGGUGAAGUGACGAUCCGCAGCAGGCAGGCAUUGUCUCUGGCUAGCUCGGUGUACUUCCUCCUCUUAUGUUCGAUCCUGAAGAAUAGAAGCACAACUUACGACAUCAAAAUCACUUACCAUCUGUCGCGGGCUGACGCAUGCGCUACUCUGUAUCUUAGACGGCAGCAGCCUAGGGCGU